GCGAUGGAGAGCAAUGUAGGCAUGCGGCCGAUCGCGCAUCGCUCCUGGCCGAGGAAGAGGCUUCGCGAAGGAGGCGAUCCAAAAUCCGGCGAGCUCAAUUCGAGCGGCGGCGGCGGCGAGGAGAAAUCCCGUGGGCAAGAAGCGGCAAAAUUGGUGGAGCCGGCGCUGCCGAUCGCCGUCCGGCGGUGGCCGCAGCAGCGGAAGAUCAAGGAGGAAUCGCCACGGCACAAGGAUCCGGAGGAGGAGAACAAACGCCUAGCGCCAGAGCGAGGAGGACGGAAUGAGCGCCCCAAGCCGACGAGCCUGAUGAUGCUCGAGAUGGAUAUGGCCAGGACCAAGAAGAAGAAAUCCGAGCCAGUGCCACAGCCAAGAAUGGAGCUUUCGAUCAUCCUGCGGCAGUCAUGGCAGGAGGCGCGGCGGCGAGUGAAGCAAGCGCAGGAGAGAUUCGAGGCGCUGCGCCAGAAACUCGAGGCGAAGGGCACCGUGCGACCGGACACAGCCGCGAUGAAGCAAAUGCGCAUCGAUAAGCAAUGGGUGAACCAGGAGCACCGAUCCCACGGCCACGUCCCCGGCGUGGAGGUGUUCGACGCCUUCUCCUUCCGCGCCGAGCUGCUCAUCGUCGGCCUCCACAACCACGUCCAGGCCGGGAUCGGCUUCUUCCCCGACUCCCAGAGCCCGCUCGGCCGCGCCAUCGCCACCAGCAUCAUCCUCUCGGGUGGCUACAAGGACAACCGCGACAACGGCGACGAGUUUGAGUACUGCGGCAGCGGCGGCAACAAUGCUGUGAGCGUGCGUGACGAGAAGGCACGGGACCAGGAGCUCACUCGCGGCAACUUAGCUCUCGCGAACUCCGUGGAUCUCAACAUCCCGGUUCGCGUGAUCCGCGGGAGGCCCUCGGCUUUCACCCCGUCCAGGAAGGAGUACCGCUACGAUGGCCUCUACGACGCUGUGCGCUGCCACAAGACCGAGGGAGCGAAUGGAUGCCAGGUUUUCAAGUUCCUGAUGCGGCGAUGCCCCGGACAGCCAUCGCUGCCGCUCAAGAACAAGACGAGGUAGCAUUCAAAGCGCAUCAGUUACAACGUAAACUACUUAAUUAUGUCCACGUCGGCACACAUGUCCUAUGAAAAAGGAGCUAGUUAAAACGCUUUAAAUUAAUUAACAAUAUAUUACCUUGUUCAGAAAGCUCAUUAAAUUUCAAUGUUAUUGACAACGAUUUAA